UCACUCUCUAUUGCUUCUCUCUCAUUUCUUUGUGUUCUUGAAAUCUUUUUCAAUGGGGAAGAACAACCCACUGCAACAUUCUAACUAUCUUCCAAUUCUUUUCUUUUUAAUAUUAUCUUCAGUUUCUGCCACAGCUGAUCAAAAUGUUGGUCCUUCAAUUAAGACAGAUGCUGCAAGUUUACUCAUGUUCAAGAAAUUGAUUCAAAAAGAUCCAAAUCAAGUCCUGUCAGGAUGGAAGCUUGGUAGUAAUCCGUGUCUUUGGUUUGGAGUUUCGUGUUCUCGUGGACGAGUUACGCAGCUUGAUCUUACGGGGAAUAGUCUUUUCGGGUUUAUUUCUUUUAGUCCUUUGGCUAAUCUUGAUUUGUUGUCUUCUUUGAAAUUGUCUGAUAAUUCUUUUGUUGUAAAUUCUACUUCUUUGAUGAAUCUCCCGUUUUCACUUCAGCAUCUUGAAUUGUCUUCUGCUGUUCUUGUCGGUUUGGUUCCUGAGAAUUUGUUUUCCAGGAAUUCUAAUCUUGUUUAUGUUGAUUUUUCUCAUAAUAAUUUGACAGGAGCUUUACCUGAUAAUUUGGUUUCCAGUUCUGAUAAGUUGCAGGUUCUUGAUCUUUCUUAUAAUAAUUUUACAGGAUCGAUUUCCGGAUUUAAAAUCGAUCAGAACUCUUGUAAUUCUUUGUUGCAACUUGAUUUAUCAGGGAAUCAUUUAGAAUCUUUUAUUCCUCCUUCACUUUCAAAUUGUACAAAUCUUAAGUCUUUGAAUUUGUCAGCCAAUAUGUUUACAGGAGAAAUUCCGAGAUCUUUCGGUGAACUCAGAAAUUUGCAGAGAUUCGAUCUUUCUCGUAAUCAUUUGACAGGAUUGAUUCCUUCUGAAAUGGGGAAUUCUUGUGGUUCACUUCUUGAGGUUAAGCUUUCAUUUAACAACAUUUCAGGAGCUAUUCCUGUUUCUUUAAGUUCUUGUUCUUGGCUGCAAGUUCUUGAUUUAUCCAACAAUAAAUUAACAGGUUCUUUUCCUGAUUCUAUCUUGAAAAAUCUUACUUCAUUGGAGAAACUAUUGUUGAGUUAUAAUCUGAUUUCUGGAUCAUUUCCGAGUUCGAUUUCCUACUGUAAGAAUUUAAAAGUUGUGGAUCUAAGUUCCAAUAGAUUUUCUGGUAUAAUCCCAGGAGAUAUAUGUCCUGGGGCUGCUUCUCUUGAGGAGCUGAGGAUGCCGGAUAAUAACAUAACCGGAGAAAUUCCCGCUGAGUUAUCGCAAUGUUCGAAGCUGAAAUCGCUUGAUUUUAGUAUAAACUACCUUUCAGGUCCAAUCCCGGCUGAGCUAGGAAAGCUUGAGAAUCUUGAGCAGCUUAUAGCUUGGUAUAAUGGCCUCGAGGGUAAAAUUCCAUCAGAAUUGGGAAAUUGCAAGAACCUGAAGGAUCUUAUUUUGAAUAACAAUCACCUUACUGGUGAACUUCCAGUUGAAUUGUUCAGUUGCAGCAAUCUUGAAUGGAUAUCUCUGACAAGCAAUGAGAUUUCAGGAAAAGUUCCGCUUGAAUUCAGCCUUUUGUCGAGAUUAGCUGUUCUGCAGCUUGGGAACAACAGCUUGAGUGGAGAGAUACCGACGGAGCUUGGAAACUGCAGCAGUUUGGUUUGGUUAGACUUGGGCAGCAAUAGACUAACAGGCGAAAUCCCGGCUCGACUUGGCAGGCAGCUCGGAGGAAAAGCAUUGGGCGGAAUACCAAUUCCAUCAGGAAAUACUUUGGUGUUUGUGAGAAAUGUUGGUAAUUCCUGUCAAGGUGUUGGAGGGUUGCUGGAAUUUGCAGGUAUCAGAUCAGAGAGAUUGUUACAGUUUCCGACAUUGAAGACCUGCGAUUUCACAAGAUUGUAUACCGGACCGGUCCUGAGCCUUUUUACUCAAUAUCAGACAUUGGAGUAUCUGGAUCUUUCAUAUAAUGAGCUUCGAGGAAAGAUUCCCGACGAAAUGGGAGAAAUGAUGGCUUUACAAGUUCUUGUCAUAUCAAAUAAUCAACUAUCCGGCGAAAUUCCUGCAUCACUCGGUCAACUCAGGAAUUUGGGAGUGUUCGACGCGUCUCAUAACAGAUUACAGGGAGAAAUCCCCGAUUCGUUCUCGAGUUUAUCGUUCUUGGUUCAAAUUGAUUUGUCUUAUAAUGAGUUAACAGGAGAAAUCCCUCAGAGAGGCCAACUCAGUACACUUCCAGCAACCCAGUAUGCACAUAAUCCUGGACUUUGCGGUGUUCCAUUGUCGGACUGCCACGGCAGGAGCGGUCAAGGAACAACGAGUCCAAUCGCUUACAGAGACGACGGAAGGGGAAGAACUGCAGCUUCAUCAUGGACUAAUAGCAUUGUUUUAGGGAUUCUCAUUUCUGUUGCUUCUCUAUGCAUUUUGAUUGUAUGGGCUAUAGCAAUGCGUAUCAGGCAUAAGGAAGCAGUACAGGUCAAAAUGCUGAACAGCCUGCAGGCCUCUCUGGCCGCGACGACAUGGAAAAUCGACAAAGAGAAGGAGCCGUUGAGUAUCAAUGUAGCUACAUUUCAACGACAGCUCCGAAAACUCAAAUUCUCACAGCUAAUCGAAGCUACAAACGGGUUCUCCGCAGAAAGCCUCAUUGGUUCUGGCGGAUUCGGAGAAGUAUUCAAGGCUACGUUAAAAGAUGGAUCAAGCGUUGCAAUCAAGAAGCUGAUACGGUUAAGCUGCCAGGGAGACCGUGAAUUCAUGGCGGAAAUGGAAACAUUAGGAAAGAUAAAGCAUAGAAACCUAGUUCCGUUACUCGGAUACUGCAAAAUCGGCGAAGAAAGACUACUAGUGUACGAAUUCAUGGAAUACGGAAGCCUCGAAGAAAUGCUCCACGGAAGAACAAAAACCCGAAUCCUGACAUGGGAAGAACGGAAAAAGAUCGCGAGAGGAGCCGCGAAAGGACUCUGUUUCCUACACCACAAUUGCAUACCACACAUCAUCCACAGAGACAUGAAGUCCAGCAAUGUUCUGUUAGACAACGAAAUGGAAGCUCGAGUCUCCGAUUUCGGAAUGGCACGACUAAUAAGUGCACUCGACACGCAUCUCAGCGUAAGCACACUAGCCGGAACACCCGGUUAUGUCCCGCCAGAGUAUUACCAAAGCUUCAGGUGCACGGCAAAAGGCGAUGUCUACUCAUUCGGAGUAGUACUACUAGAAAUCCUGACAGGAAAACGACCAACCGAUAAGGACGAUUUCGGGGACACAAAUUUAGUCGGAUGGGUUAAAAUGAAAGUUAGAGAAGGGAAACAAAUGGAAGUUAUAGAUCAAGAAAUGCUAUCUUUUACUAAAGGAAAUGAUGAUCUUGAAGGUGAAGCUGAAGAAGUUAAAGAAAUGGUUAAGUAUUUGGAAAUAUCAUUGCAAUGUGUUGAUGAUUUUCCUUCAAAGAGGCUAAAUAUGUUACAAGUUGUGGCCAUGUUGAGAGAGUUGAUGCCUGGAUCAGGAAAUGGAAGCAGUAACAGUGGUUAAUCAAGAUUAGAUUAUUAAGGAUUUUCAAGAUUUUGUGAAAAGGAUUUUAAUUUUUAUGAGUUCUUCUGUAUGUAUUUUGCAAAUGUUUUUAAUUUUUUUGGUUUUGUUGACUAGUUUCUAACAGUAAAUCAUGAGCAUGUUUUAGCUUUA